CCCGUGGUGCGCGGCGUCCUCCUCGUGGUGCGCGGCGCUCUCCUCACGCCGUGCCUGUUCGUCGGUAGCUGCUGGGCUCUGACGAGAAUGAUGGAUUUUGAGAAUCUUUUCUCCAAACCCCCCAACCCGGCUCUCGGCAAGAAGCCCGCCACGGACUCUGACCAAAGAAUCGAUGGUGAAAUAGAUGAUACAGAAGUUGAAGAAACACGAGAAGAGAAAAUAAAAUGGAAAGUAAAACUGAAGUGUGAGCAAAUUUCCAAAAAAUUUAGGCACUUUGGAAACUCUACAUCACGGAAGAAUUUGCAACGUAGAAAAUCAAGAAGUAAGGACUAUGAUGUAUAUAGUGAUAAUGAUAUCUGCAGUCAGGAAUCAGAAGAUAAUUUUGCUAAAGAGCUUCAACAAUAUAUACAAGCUAAAGAGAUGGCAAAUGUUACUCAAUCCUUACCGCUUCCUGAAGAAUCUGUGAAGAAAGAGGGAGCAAAGGAUACCCAGAAAGGUAAAGCUGUUAAACAAAAAAAUAAAAAUAAAAACCUUAAAGCUGUUCACAAGAAUGGUAAACAGAAGAAAAUGAAGCGAAAAUGGCCUGGCACUGGAGACAAAGGAUCAAACGCUUCCCUGAGGAACAAUGGCUCACAGGAACAGGAUGGUAAACCUAAAGAGAAGCAGCAGCCUGUGAGAAUGAGUCAGGGAUUCAUCAACCAACAUACGGUGCAACGCCAGGGAAAACAAAUUUGUAAAUAUUUUCUUGAAAGGAAAUGUAUUAAGGGAGACCAGUGUAAAUUUGAUCAUGCUGCAGAGAUAGAGAAGAAAAAGGAAAUGUGUAAGUUUUAUGUACAAGGAUAUUGUACCAGAGGCGAAAACUGUCUAUAUUUGCAUAAUGAGUAUCCUUGCAAGUUUUACCAUACAGGAGCAAAAUGUUAUCAGGGAGAAUAUUGCAAGUUUUCACAUGAUCCACUGACUGCUGAAACACAAGAACUGUUGGCUAAAGUUUUGAAUCCUGAAAAGAAGUCAUCAUGAAAAUAAGAGACAUAAAAAGCUUUGUGUGGAUGAAGAGUGCUUGUGUCUGCCUGUUCAAGACUAUUCAAGACUUGAUUUGGAGUGGUUUACAAGAUUCCUCAUUUAAAGCGCCCUCUUGUGUCAUUACAGUAAUGUGCAACUCUUCAGUGGGUGGCGCCGAGGGACAGAAUGUAGUGUCUAAGUGAAGGGUUGGUCUUCACCGAGAUGGUUCCAGCCAUUGAAACAUAUGUGAAACAUAUGGGAGGAGCAUAUGUGACAGAGAUGCUGGCUGGUGCGUAAAUGUUGUGGUAGUAGACUGCAGAAGUCUCUUCUGAUUGAUUGUGUUUUCUCAAUAAAAUAGGAGAAAGGUUAGGCUGAGUGAGGAUGGAAGAGAGAAAACUACUAGGUUCCACUAGGAAGACAUUGGGAUAAUAGACAAUGAAUAUACAGCUAGAUCUUUUCAUGUCAUUAAAUACAUUCACAACAUAUUUUUAUUGUUUGCUCACAGUUCUGUUUUAUGGCUUAAAUUAUGGUUCUGUGAUUUUUUAAAACCAGUUUCCUAUUGUUGAACAAAAAAGUUGUUUCUGAUUUCUUACUGUUAUAAAUAAAAUGGAACAGUGUCUCUGGCUA